UUAUAAUCUUUUUGGUAAUCCAUAUUCUUUUUAUAUAUAUUCCACUUUCUAUUAUUUCAUUGGUCUUUCUUAUUGCUUCUCUUGCCUUGUAACUCCAAAAACCAGCUUGGAAAAAAAUACUUGGAGAGAGAAAAAUAAAAAAAACUUCAACUUUUUUUCUCUGUUUUGUUUUGAAAACAAAAAUAAUGGGAAUGGCAGCUGCAGAUCUACAGUUUCAUGUUCUAGCUGUUGAUGAUAGUUUAAUUGAUAGAAAACUCAUUGAAAGACUCUUUAAAAUCUCUUCUUGCCAAGUUACUACUGUGGAUUCUGGAAGUAAAGCUUUGGAAUUUCUUGGUUUACAAGAAGAACAUGAUGAACAGAAUCACCCUUGUGUUUCUCCUAGCAACCAACAGGAAGUGGAAAUUAAUCUUAUUAUAACAGAUUAUUGUAUGCCUGGGAUGACAGGCUAUGAUUUGUUAAAGAAAAUUAAGGAAUCUGCAUCUCUGAGGAACAUACCAGUAGUCAUUAUGUCAUCUGAAAAUGUUCCUUCAAGAAUCAGUAGAUGCUUAGAAGAAGGAGCAGAAGAAUUUUUCUUGAAGCCAGUGAGAUUAUCAGAUGUUAAUAAACUUAAACCUCAUAUGAUGAAAACCAAAUGUAAAAGCCCCAAACAACAACAACAACCUGAGAUAAUUGUGACACAAGACAAUCAAGAAUCAAUAGACAUAACAUAUGUUGUUCCACCAGAAGAAAAUCAAGAAUCAGACAACACAUUACAACAACAGAAAUUACAAGACAACAGUAACAACAACAACAAGAGAAAGGCCAUAGAAGAAAAUCUAUCACCAGACAGAACAAGACAAAGAUUGAGUAGCCUCACAACAGUCUAAUCUCUGUUGCAAAUAUGUUAACAUUUUUUUUUCUUCUUCAAUUUGGAAAUUUAAUCCAGAUAACCCCUUUUUGUUUUUCCUUUAUUCAACUUUUUAUUUAAUUAACAUAGUUUAGGACAAUGUGAGAUCAAUCCUAAUGUAGAGGGGAAGAGAAAAUCAUCCAUCUUUAUAACAUGAUGUGAUCUCCAAA